GCUUCCCGCGAAAUCUAAUAUCACCUUUCCAAACUGCUUUCCUCACCUGAGAGAAAACAGAGCGAGAGAGAUGGUAGAGAAGAGAAGCAGCAGCUGCAAGAAAACCUCCAACGGCAGCGGAAGGAAGAAGAAGAAGCUCACUCAAGAAGAUCUCUCCUCGAUCAUUUCCCUCGUCGCUUCCGCCACAACCCUCUCUCGCUCUUUCCUCUUCCACAACGACCUCCUUCUCCACCCUUCCCAAACCCUAACCCUAGAAUCCUCCAUCAACACCACUGCUCUUUCCCUCUCCAAGCUCCACUCCUCCCUCUCUCUCCCUUCUCCUCCUUUCCAAACCCUAACUGCAGAUCACCCUUCCCCCUGGGCCCACCGCUUCCUCUCUGAUCCCUCUACCCAUCUCCUCUUCCUCGAUUCCUUCCGCAUUUCCAAACCCUCAUUCGAUCGUCUCCUCCAAAUCCUCACCCCUUCCCUCCUUCGAUCAUCGCUUUCCGUCCCUCCCAAUUUCAAGCUCGCCGCUGCCCUCUUCCGCCUCGCACAUGCCGCUCCCUUCAAGUCCGUCGGCCGCUGGUUCGGGAUCGAUUCCGCUGCUGCCUGCCGCUCUUUCUACGAGGUCUGCAAGGCUGUUAACGACACUCUCUCUAACCUCCUCCAGUCCGACCGGCAGCGGAUCCUCGACGGGUUUGGUGCGGUCUCACUCCCCAACUGCUGCGGUGUCCUCGGAUUCAGCCGGUUUUUUAUUGAUGGUGGGUUGGGGAACGACGGGACAGUGAUUGUCCAGGGGUUGGUUGACUCCGAGGGGCGGUUCCUUGAUGUUUCUGCUGGUUGGCCUGGCUCGAUGCCCCCUGACACGAUCUUGCGCCAGACGAAUCUGUUCUCGCGGGUCGAGGAAUCGAAGGAGAUGCUGAAUGGCCCUACUUUCGAGCUUGCGGGUGGUAAUUCAAUCCGGCAGUAUGUGUUGGGGGAUUCCUGCUGCCCUCUCCUGCCUUGGCUUCUAACGCCCUAUAGACAAACAGGUCUGAAUGAAAACGAUUCUCGUCAGGUUUUCAAUUCCGUUCAUGGUCGGGGGAUGGCGUUGGUCAAUAACGCGUUUGGGAGAGUUUUGGCUCGGUGGCGGCUUCUUUCCGCGAGGUGGAAGCAGGACAGUGUCGAGUUCUUUCCAUUCAUUAUCAUCUCGGGGUGUCUUCUGCACAAUUUUCUUAUCAAAUGUGGCGAGCCCACAACGGAUGAGAUUGGGGAUUAUUUGAGGGAGCAGAGGUUUCAGGAACAUGAAGAGGGGGAGAAUGAGGGUGGCAAAAGUGUUCGAGAUGUGCUCGCAUCACAUUUGAGUUUGGUAAGCCACAGGGAAUAAUUGGUGGUAAGUGAUAGUUGCUGAAGCAGUCCUUUUGUCCAUAGUAUCUAUUUUGUAGGCUAAGUAGUGCCCAUGCUAGUUCUCACGCUAUGUUUUCUUGGAUUCUAAUCUUUCGCAUUUAGGAAGCUAGUGUUUCUUGGUUGUACUAGUAGGGAAUUGCGCAAUGUGCAGGUACAGGUGCAGUAAGAUAUCAACAUGUGUAGAAAUUUUGUGCAAGAGAUCCAAGUGGCCCCACUGUAUAUGUACCGUGACCAAUAAUCCAAUAUUAGCUGCACUUGUGCACAAGUGCAGUGCUAUCA